GUUCUCCCGGCGAUUGGCGUUCUUCUUUUCUGUAGUGGCAUGUCCACCGACGAGGACUCCCUGGGCAGUCCCCUCAAGCCGGCCACGCCCACGCCGGCGGAGCGGGAGCGGGAACGUCCCAGAGGCGGACGAUCCGGAGCGCCGGAUCUGCUGCGGCAUCAGCAAAGUUUCGAGGCACGCUACAGCAGCAUCAUCCAGAAGCAAAUCUGGGAGACGAGCAUCAACAAGGAUGUGCUGGAGCGGCAGCUAAACGCCUAUUUCCCCUUCUCGCGCAGUGCCUCGCUGUCCAAAGAUGGAUCUGGUGGAUUUGAUCAGCUCCUGCCGCCGGCAACGGGCGGAGGUAAUCUGAAGACCCGCUCCCUGGCCACCACACCCACAUCCACAAGGAGGCCAGGAGUCUGCCUGGAGAAGCUGGAGACCGUGGAUGUGGCCUCCCUCGAAUCGCACACCCAGGGAAAGUAGCGAAGAAAUCCAGAGGAUUAAGCUUACUCAUUCAUUGUGAUGUCCGUAAGGUUGAAAGGCAAUUUUUAACAUUUUUAGACUAAGAUAGGAUAGGUCAGAUACAUAUACAGACCCCGGAUUCGAAAACACAAUCAGAAUUUAUCAUAAACUCAGAAUACGAUGAAAACAUUAACAAUAAUUUGGUAAAUCAGCAUAUUUUAAUUUAAAUGUAUGUUUUUAAUGCUGUCAGUUUAAGCAGUGUGAUAUUUCUGAAUGAUAUUUCUUAAUGUUAAUUUCAAAAUGAACAUACAUCUUUUGAUUUCAAAAUACCAAACCCAAUCCUCUUAAAACAAUGGUUUAUUUAACUUUAAUAUCAUCUUAAUUGUCCAAUUCAUUUGUUUCAUUUUAUUUAAACAAAAGACACUAUCAAUCAAUGAAGAAAACAAAGACCAAAUCCGGGGUCUAAUAAAAAACGAUUUUUAAUAUAGCUUUAAUAAGUAUUACUAACAUGUAAGUCCAGCUAUUUCCAUAAAAUCUACUAUUUAUUUAGCACCCCAAAGAUUUGUCUACAGCACCAAGAAACAAUCUAUUUGCAUAGUUCAACCAAUGUCAAUGUAAAAUACUCGUUUUAUUGGCUAAGGAUAUGACCGUAUCCCCGGAUCAAAGUGAACCCUAUUUAAGCUACUAUUAUUCAAUCUUCCUCAAUAAAACAAAAGCUUA